UGCAUUCAUUUCUUCCCUUGCUUUGUUGGAACCUGGCUCCGUGGUUACCGUGGGUGCCGAGCCCAGCUGUGGCAGCAGGUAGCCCUCCCCUCCUGAGGCAGGCGGCUCUGGCACCCGUGGACCUGUGUUCACCCAGGGAGGAAUAUGUUGGUAAAUCACAAUAUGUAUUUGUGGAGGGUUGUGCAUUUCAUGGCUGCAGCUCGCUAAAUAGGCCGUUUAGCAAUCUUCUCUCAAUACUUUUCUCUUGAGCACUGCCUGGGGUGCUGAAAAGCAGAGGGCAAGCCCUUGAUGCCAAACAUGUCUUCAAUGAAGAGGCCAAGAGGAAGGCCUCCUUUGUCCAAGAAGACUGAUGGUUUGGGAGCAUAUACUAAGUUGCAGAAUACCCAGGUGAAGGCAAUGUCAGAAAAGCAGCAGAAGAAAAAAAUAGAUUUGGAAAGUAAACAAGAGAAGGCAAAUCGCAUAAUAUCUGAAGCGAUUGCAAAAGCAAAAGAGAGAGGAGAGAGAAAUAUUCCACGAGUAAUGAGUCCUGAAAACUUCCCCAGUGUUUCAGCUGAAGGAAAAGAGGAAAAGAAGGGUAGAAAAGUAAAAUCCAAACCAAAGGACAAGGAGAGCAAAGAAACAAAAUCUGGUUCCUUAUCCAGAAUUAAAGAGAAAGCAAAAAUUGGAAAGCUAAUCAUCACACUGGGUAAGAAAAGAAAAAAUGAAUCUUCAGAUGAAUUGUCUGAUGCUAAGCAGACUCCACAGCGGCCAUUAAAAGAUGAAGAUUCACAGAAGAGAAGAUCAAAUCGUCAAGUUAAAAGGAAAAAGUAUGCUGAAGAAGGAGGAAAACAAUCGGAAGCAGCAGCUAAAGUUUCUGUGAAAAUCAAAAAGAAUUCUGCCCCUUUACCUGCUGAACAGCCUUUACAAUUAUUUGUUGAAAAUCCAAGUGAAGAAGAUGCAGCAAUUGUAGACAAAAUCUUAUCCUCCAGGGUAAUAAAGAAAGAAAUAGCUGCUGGGAUGACAGUAGAAACAGAAGAGUUCUUUGUAAAAUACAAAAACUACUCUUAUCUUCACUGUGAGUGGGCCACAGAGCAACAGCUUUUAAAGGAUAAAAGAAUCCAGCAGAAAAUAAAACGAUUCAAACAGAGGCAAGCACAAAGAGCUCACUUUUUUGCAGAUAUGGAAGAAGACCCUUUUAAUCCUGACUAUGUUGAAGUAGAUCGGGUAUUAGAAGUAUCUGUUUGUGAAGAUAAGGAUACUGGUGAGCCUGUUAUUUACUACUUAGUAAAAUGGUGUUCAUUGCCAUAUGAAGACAGUACAUGGGAGCUGAAAGAAGAUGUAGAUCAAGCAAAAAUAGAAGAAUUUGAACAAUUGCAAGCUUCCAGGCCUGACUCCAGGAGACUGGACCGACCACCUCCAAACUCCUGGAAGAAGAUAGAACAGUCCAGGGAAUAUAAAAAUGGCAAUCAGCUCAGGGAAUAUCAACUGGAAGGACUUAACUGGCUCCUAUUCAACUGGUACAAUAGGCAAAACUGUAUUUUAGCAGAUGAAAUGGGUCUUGGCAAAACCAUUCAGUCAAUUACAUUCCUCUAUGAAAUCCUCCUGGCUGGUAUAAGAGGGCCUUUUCUAAUCAUAGCUCCGCUUUCCACCAUAACAAACUGGGAAAGAGAAUUUCGCACGUGGACUGACCUUAAUGUUGUAGUGUAUCAUGGAAGCAUGAUCAGCAGGCAGAUGAUUCAGCAGUAUGAAAUGUACUUCAGGGACUCACAGGGAUGUAUCAUUCGUGGUACCUACAGAUUCCAAGCCAUUAUCACAACUUUUGAAAUGAUUCUUGGUGGGUGUCCAGAGUUAAAUGCCAUUGAAUGGCGAUGUGUUAUUAUUGAUGAAGCUCACAGACUGAAGAACAAAAACUGCAAACUCUUGGAAGGACUAAAAUUAAUGAACCUUGAGCAUAAAGUGCUGUUAACAGGUACCCCUCUGCAGAACACAGUAGAGGAAUUAUUCAGCCUCCUUCAUUUUCUUGAACCUUUGCGUUUUCCUGCUGAAUCUACAUUCAUGCAAGAAUUCAGAGACCUUAAAACAGAGGAACAGGUUCAGAAACUACAAGCUAUUCUGAAACCCAUGAUGCUCAGACGUUUAAAGGAAGACGUAGAAAAAAAGUUGGCUCCAAAGGAGGAAACUAUAAUUGAAGUAGAACUAACUAAUAUUCAGAAGAAAUAUUAUCGAGCGAUUCUGGAGAAAAAUUUUGCUUUCUUAUCCAAAGGAGCAGGGCAAGCAAAUGUACCCAAUCUGGUUAACACCAUGAUGGAACUCAGAAAAUGUUGUAAUCACCCUUACCUCAUCAAAGGUGCUGAAGAGAAAAUCCUUGGAGAGUUUAAAGAAACAUAUAACCUAAGUGCUCCAGACUUCCAUCUGCAAGCAAUGAUCCAGUCUGCUGGUAAAUUGGUUCUUAUUGAUAAACUUCUUCCAAAAAUGAAAGCAGGAGGCCACAAAGUCCUUAUCUUCUCUCAAAUGGUGCGCUGCCUUGAUAUUUUGGAGGAUUACCUUAUACAUAAAAGAUACUUGUAUGAACGAAUUGAUGGGCGAGUACGAGGCAAUCUCAGACAAGCUGCCAUUGACCGGUUCAGCAAGCCAGAUUCCGACCGUUUUGUCUUCCUUCUGUGCACCAGAGCUGGUGGUUUGGGCAUUAAUUUGACUGCAGCAGAUACAUGUAUAAUUUUUGAUUCUGAUUGGAAUCCUCAAAAUGAUCUUCAGGCUCAAGCCCGUUGUCACAGGAUUGGUCAGAACAAAGCAGUGAAGGUCUACAGACUGAUAACACGGAACUCCUAUGAGAGAGAGAUGUUUGAUAGAGCAAGUCUGAAACUGGGACUAGAUAAGGCUGUCCUCCAGAGUAUGAGUGGAAGAGAAAGCACUGGUGGUAUCCAACAACUCUCCAAAAAAGAAAUAGAAGACUUGCUUCGAAGGGGUGCAUAUGGUGCCAUUAUGGAUGAAGAAGAUGAAGGCUCUAAAUUCUGUGAGGAAGACAUUGACCAAAUUUUACAGCGUCGUACUAAAACUAUCAUGAUUGAAUCAGAAGGAAGGGGCUCCACAUUUGCCAAGGCUAGUUUUGUUGCAUCUGGAAACAGGACUGAUAUUUCACUAGAUGAUCCCAACUUCUGGCAGAAAUGGGCCAAAAAAGCAGAAAUAGAUAUAGAUGCUAUCAGUGGUAGAAACAGCCUGGUUAUUGAUACCCCAAGAAUUAGGAAACAAACACGGCCCUUCAGUGCUACAAAGGAUGAGCUGGCUGAGUUGUCGGAGGUGGAGAGCGACGGUGAUGAAAAACCGAAACUCCGUAGGCCUUGUGACCGUUCCAAUGGUUACGGUAGAACAGAGUGCUUUCGAGUGGAAAAAAACUUGCUGGUCUACGGGUGGGGUCGAUGGAGAGAAAUUUUGUCACAUGGCCGCUUCAAGAGACAGCUGAAUGAACAGGAUGUGGAGAUAAUCUGCCGAGCUCUAUUAGCCUAUUGUCUCAUUCACUACAGAGGGGAUGAGAAAAUAAAAAGUUUUAUAUGGGAUCUCAUUACCCCAACAGAGGAUGGGCAAACAAGAGAGUUACAGAAUCACCUUGGCUUAUCAGCCCCUGUGCCUAGAGGAAGAAAAGGAAAAAAAGUGAAGGCCCAGGCUACCACUUUUGAUAUACACAAAGCAGAAUGGCUUCGAAAAUACAAUCCAGAACAUCUAUUGCAAGAUGAAGGAUACAAAAAGCACAUAAAACACCAUUGCAACAAGGUUUUACUUCGAGUAAGAAUGCUGUAUUACUUAAAACAAGAAGUCAUUGGUAAUGAAUUCCAAAAGGUGUUUAAUGGAAUUGAUGCCAGUGAAAUUGAUGUUUGGGUCCCUGAGCCAGAUCAGUCUGAAGUUCCUACUGAGUGGUGGGAUGCAGAUGCAGAUAAAUCCCUUCUAAUUGGAGUUUUUAAACAUGGUUAUGAAAAAUACAACACUAUCAGAGCAGACCCAGCGCUGUGCUUCUUGGAAAGGGUUGGCAAGCCAGAUGAAAAAGCAGUUGCUGCUGAACAGAGAGCAAAUGAUUAUAUUGAUGGGGAUGUAGAAGAUCCAGAAUAUAAACCAGCACCAGCAAUGUUUAAAGAUGACAUAGAGGAUGAUGUUUCAUCCCCAGGUGAUUUAGUAAUAGCAGAUGGAGAUGGACAAAUGAUGGAAGGAGACAAAAUCUGUUGGCCCACUCAGUCUGCCUUAACAACACGUCUUCGCCGCCUGAUAACAGCUUAUCAGCGAACAAGUAAAAAUAGGCAGGCCCAGCAGAUCCAGCCAGCAUUCCCAGUACAACAUAGUAUGAUGCAGCCUCCAUAUGAUGAAGUUGGUCUAAACCCAAAGAUGGCUGCUAAGAUUGAAAAGCAGCAAAGAUGGACUAGAAGAGAAGAAGCUGACUUCUACAGAGUUGUCUCCACAUUUGGUGUCGUAUUUGAUCCAGAAAGGGGGCAAUUUGAUUGGACCAAAUUUAGAGCAAUGGCUAGACUACAUAAGAAAACGGAUGUGAGCUUAGAGAAAUACUUGUCUGCAUUUAUGUCAAUGUGCCGGAGAGUCUGUCGUCUCCCCUCAAAAGAAGAACUCGUAGACCCAAAAAUCUUUAUCCAACCAAUCACAGAAGAGCGUGCUUCUCGGACUUUGUAUCGCAUUGAACUCCUAAGGAAAGUGCGGGAACAGGCCCUUAGACACCCACAGUUGUUUGAACGACUAAAACUGUGCCAGCCAAACCCAGACUUACCUGUCUGGUGGGAAUGUGGAACUCAUGACAGGGAUUUACUUAUUGGAGCUGCUAAGCAUGGAGUUAGCAGGACAGAUUAUCAUAUUCUCUGUGAUCCUGAACUUUCAUUUAUGUCUGCCCAGAGGAACUAUAAUCAAAAUAAAGUGGCACUCUCAAAGACUUCUACUCCACUCUUGCAUCAGUACCAGAUGGCAUUAUCUGCUUCUCCUCUUACACCUCAGUCAAGAUUGUCAGAUGCUAAAGCGAAUGCUUUUGAGGACACAAAAGCUAAACAUGAAAAUCUGAAAGAAGACCCUCAGUCUUCUGAAGACGAAUCUAUGUCUACAGAGGAGACACAGACAAUAAUGAAAUCUGAACCUUUGAGUCCAGAAAACGGCAUGCCAAUACAAAAUACAGAUCACAAACCUAGUGUGAAGACUGAAACAGACAGGCGCAUGGUGGCAGCAAGAACAGAGCCUCUAACUCCAAACCCAGCUUCCAAAACACAGAGAGUCAGCAAAAGGGGAUCUGACUCUAGCUCUGAUUCAGACUCUGACUCAGAUAAAUCAUCCCGUUCUUCUAGGUCAUCAUCUUCAUCCUCUUCAUCUUCCUCAUCUUGUUCACACUCUCAAUCAGGCUCUAGCUCUUCAUCAUCAUCAUCUUGUUCCUCAUCAUCUUGUUCCUCAUCAUCUUGUUCCUCAUCAUCAUCAUCUUCAUCAUCGUCAUCUGAAGAGAGUGAUAGUGAUGAAGAGGAGACACAGAAACGUGCAGAAGGAGCCGGUCAUAUAAAAGCAUAUGAUGAAGAGAGUGUAGCCUCUCUGAGUACAACACAAGAUGAGACGCAAGACAGUUUCCAGAUGAACAAUGGGACACCAAAUUCCAGUUAUCUCCUACAAGGUGGAUACAUGAUGGCUGCAUCCUACUGGCCAAAGGAUCGAGUUAUGAUUAAUCGGCUUGACAGUAUUUGUCAAACACUUUUGAAAGGUAAAUGGCCUUCAUCAAGAAGAAGCUAUGACAGCAAUACAGUGGCCUCUUUCUACACAACCAAGCUUCUGAAUAGCCCAGGUGCAUCUGCAUGUUACAGUGAUCCCAGUGUACCACCACCCCCUUUUGCAGGUGUUAAAGAAGAAUACGAUCAGUCACCACAGAUGUCAAAGGUGAAGAAGCAUGUACGAGAAAAGGAGUUUACAGUGAAAAUCAAUGACGAAGGUGGUUUGAAAUUGACCUUUCAGAAGCAGGGACUGUCUCAGAAAAGGCCAUUUGAAAGCGAGGAAGGUGUACUGGGACAACAGCACUACCUGGCUGAACUCCAGAAUGCCUCAGAAACCAGCCUUGUUAACUUCCCCAAAUCACUUCCCAAAUCAGGUACUUGCAGUCACUUAACAGCCAGUGCCAAUGGAGUCAUAGCUGACAGUCAGCCUGCAGUCAAAAAGAGAAGAGGAAGAAGGAAGAAUGUGGAGGGAGUUGAUGUUGCUUUUAUAAACAGAAAUAAACAGCCUAAUCAUGUUAAUCCAGGUAUUAACUCCAGUCAAGUUGCUGCAGGAAUAAACCCAGCACUCACUCACACACAGUUCCAAGGCAUGCUUGAUGCAGAGAGUCCAGUUCCUGUUAUUAACCUAAAAGAUGGAACAAGGCUUGCAGGUGAUGAUGCCCCCAAAAGGAAAGAUUUGGAAAGGUGGCUUAAAGAAAAUCCUGGCUAUGUUGAAGAUUCAGGAGCUUGUAUUUCUAGGAUGCAGCUGCAUGAUGGGAGGCCCAAACAAAAAAGACACCGUUGUCGCAACCCUAAUAAGCUGGAUAUUAACAGUUUGACUGGUGAAGAACGUGUUCAGCUCAUAAAUAGAAGAAACGCAAGAAAGGUUGGGGGUGCAUUUGCUCCUCCCCUGAAGGAUUUGUGCAGGUUCUUGAAAGAAAAUCCAGAGUAUGGAGUGGCUCCUGACUGGGGAGAAGUUGUAAAACAGUCUGGGUUUCUUCCAGAAGGUAUGUUUGACCGUAUUCUCACUGGACCUGUUGUGCGGGAAGAAGUGAGUCGGCGAGGAAGGCGCCCCAAAAGUGAGAUUGCUAAGGCUACAGCAAUUUCCCCUGCCACAGGCAUAUCAGUUAACCCUCUGCUAGCUAACGGACUUCUUCCCACAGUGGAUCUGCCCAGUCUUCAGGCUUUACAGCAAAACCUGCAGUCACUGCAAGUGACAGCAGGAUUAAUGGGAAUGCCGGCUGGUUUAACUGCUGGAGGAGAAGCUAAGAACAUGGCUGCCAUGUUCCCCAUGCUGUUGUCGGGGAUGGUUGGAUUACAAAACUUGCUGGGCAUGGGAGGGCUUCUGACAAAGUCUACAGAAUCUAUUUCAGAGGAAAAAAAGGGAAGUGAUUCAAAGGAUGCAGAUACAAAGAAAGAAAGGACAGAAGACCAAAAUACAGAUGCUGGUGGUGAAAAUUCUGUUUCAAGUUCUCCUUCAACAUCCUCUGCUGCUGCAGCUGCCAGUCCCCUCUCUCUUAACCCUUUACUUUUGUCCAACAUAAUUUACCCAGGGAUGCUUCUCACUCCAGGCCUUAAUCUUCAUAUCCCAGCUUUGUCUCAGUCUAAUAUUUUUGAUGUACAGAACAGUGAAAGCAAUGAUACAAGCUCAGCAAAGCUUACAGAAGAAAAGGAGGAAAAUUCAAGGGUCAGAGAUGAGGAAGACAAAGAGGGAACAGAACCAAGCUCUCACAAUGAAAACAGCACAGAUGAGGGUUCAGAGAAAGCAGAUGCUUCAUCUGGAUCUGAUAGUACAUCGUCUUCAUCUGAGGAUUCAGAUUCUAGUGAUGAAGACUGACCCCAGACUCUGCACUUAAAUUAUAAACUGAUUUUGAAUUUAUUCUUUAAUUAUUUUGUUGUAAAUAACCUAGUGUUGAGUGCAUCAGUGAUUUACUAACCGAACAUUUCAAUAUUUGUUUAGAAGUGCAAACUGCUUUCAGAGACAUUUUGCAUGUAAUAUUUCUUGAAGUUCAUAAGUUUCCAAACUUGUAUGUACUAUCAAAUACACAAUGGUGUAAAAUUACAACAAAAUGCAUUAUAAUUUUGUUGGGGGGUUAAUUUUAUGAAAAUGCUCAAUUAAGAGCUGUAUAUUUAAUAUAUUUGCAGUGAACACAGAAUACUUUAUGCAUAUUUGAUUUAAUUUGAAUAUAAUUUUACAGCCUCCUUGACACCUAUAAUUUACAGAUCAAAACUCAGCAAUAAUUUGGGCAGCUAAUGAAUGUCAUGAAAGCUGUAGAAUCUACAUCACCAUCCAUUGCUUUAAUUACAUGAAAAUGCUCUAGUGUUGUGAUGCACUACUGUUUCCAAUUCAGGUACAAGCGUGUUUAAAAGAAGAAAAAUUUUUCCAAAUUAGCCAAUUAAACUGGCUACCUGUUACCUCAGCUGAGUUAGUUUAGGAAGUUUACAUUGGUUUCUAUUACUUGUUUUCAGGUUUUGUUUUCUAAACACAUCCUGUAUAUCAUGUUAAAAUCUGAGUUAAGACUGUUGGGUUUGUUUGUUUUGGUUUUUUUUCCCUUUAUUACAACUGUUCUGUUUUGACAGCGCUAAGGGGAACUUAAAGCAAAACCUGUUUUAUCUCAUACUACUUGACACCAUGUAGGUCUAUUUAGUUUACACCUUGCAAAGUUUUGGGCUCCCUCUGCAGAAUUGCAAGUCCCAAAAUGAGGAGUAGUUUCCCCAAGUCUCAGAAGAGGCAGACUGUCAUAAAGUGCCACUGAAAAGACCUUUCAGCACCGAAUACUUCAUGUAAAAAUUGUUUGUUUGCUUUGUGUAGAUUUCUAUUUGUGUCUUACGUCAUAAAACCUCCUGGAGUUGCCAGUUUUGAUAAUGAUAAAUAAAGUAUAGAUAGUUUUGAACUCCUUUUGAGUUUAAACUUCUCUGAAGAUUUAAAUCUGACUAAAUAUUACUCAAAAUCAUUAUUGGUAUAUCACUUCAUAUAUUAUGCUGAGUUACCUACUGAAGAAAAAGCACUUUGAAUAGUAAGGAAGACAAAUUAUUCCUAGAAACCACAGUAACAGGGCAGAAGGCAUCUGUCUAAUUCCAAAUCCUUAGAACAAUUACUAUAUAAAAAUCUGUCUAAGAUUUGAUAUGUGACGAUUCCUCCCCCUUCUUAAGCUGCUAUUACUCUGUCGCAGUCGAGGCCCAGAUUCACAUUUACCGAAGUUCAGAGCUGACCGAAACUUCAGUUGACCUUGUCUAAGAAUAGGCAAGUAUUAAGAGGAAAUAGAUACAGGUAAUAGUAGAAGUCAUUGAUAAAUCUUUACAAAGGGAUAAAUAAAUAAAAAAACACCACAAAAAAAAAAAAACUAAAAAAUCCCACAACUGUAUAUUUUGAUAUAGUUCCGUUGCUUGCUUGCACAGUAAAACUGUGGGUUUUAUUAAGAACUUUACCAAUGAAAUAUAACUUUAUGUGCAAAAUAACUAGUCCCAUGAUUAGAAGCAGUAUUACAUGUAAUUACACAAUUAUACAAGUACCAUUUGGAUUGUGCUAGUUACAUAUUUUCCCAAAUAAUAUUCUGAUUUUUGGCCCUUUAUGCAGUGUCUUAGCAAUAGUGAAAAUUAAAAACUGCCAAGAGAAGGGAGUAGCAAUUCUUCAUCAUGGGGAAAAAAAAUAAAAAAUGUAGUACUUCAUAUUUUGCUGUUUGUAAUAUAGCACUUUUAAUUAACUAGGAUGCAUCUAUGAAAUAGCCAAAGUUUUACAAACAGUUAUUAGUUUGCUGCUGGAGUAUGUCAACAAUACCAUCACUUCACACCCUUCCCCCUCAAAACAAAUCCUAAAUCUUGUGACUAAAACCUAAUUUAUAUAAUAUUUCUGAAAGAAAAUAUUUUCCUAAUUAUAGUCAAGUGAGUUUGGUUACCAUUCUAGUGAUUCUUUCUAUGUAAUAAGGCAAUUGCAGUUUCAAUUAACAAAGGCUGGUGUAGAUUGAGCGUAAUAUAUUGGAUUUAUUUUUAAUCUGUUUGAACUCGAAGGGAAAAAAAUGUCCCACUAUCAGCUAAACUAUAUGCAAAUACAGUUGUAUAAAGUUAAGGGUUAUAAGGAAACCUCAGUAGAAUUACAUUGAUACUGAAGUUAAAAUUAAAAGGAUAUCCAAGGUGAUGAUAAAGCGUGUGUUGGUAGUUACUAAAAGAUCCUUUAGCUGUUAUCGCCUUGUAUUUCUAUCCCUUGUUUCAGGCUUCAUGAUUCAAGUCUUAGUCCAGGGUUGGUUUUUUUGGACAUUUGCAAUAUUUGCCAGUUGUGUUCUGUGUAGUCUGAAUUUGCUUUCUGUAGUUGAUCAAGUGUCUUAAAAAGUCAUUUGUAAUUUAUUGAAUUACUUUCUAUGAUGUUCUAUAGAGCAAAUGGAAGUUUAAUUAUUUUUUAUUAAACAUAUUCUUUGACUACC